AUGAUUCCUCAAUCGAGAAUCCACAAUUACAUUAAGCUAUUGGUAGCUCUAAUAUCGCUACUUAUCCUAUGUUCGUUAUUCACCCGUCACAAGUCCACCACCACGCCCAAUGACAAACUAACCAGCCCAGUUGACGAAAUCAACUAUUUACAAGCAGCCCAAGAAAACAAGGCAGCCAAACUAGCUGGACAUAGUCCACUGGCAUCUCAUCUCGAUACUAGGGAUAUCGAUCAAUCAAUUCUUCAACAAAUGGAUAGCAAAAUCAAGCAAUGUCCCGAUUACGUCACUUAUUCCCAACAUCGUCAUGCACCAUAUUCCAAAGGUGUGCAACAUUACCCAUACAUGCGCCCAGCUCCGAAGUGCCGGACGUUUGUAUCCCAAGCGGUCGAGUCAGUGAUAGACGAGUUGAAAACUAGGAUAGCCGAUUCUGAUUUGGCAAGAUUGGUGGAGAAUUGUUUGCCCAAUACAUUAGACACUACUAUACUAUGGCACAAGGUGAAUAAUGAUGGGGGUAAGCAGAAUCCGCUCAGAAAGCCAUUUCUUCCACAAUCGUUUAUCGUAACGGGUGACAUUCAUGCCGAGUGGCUCAGAGAUGCAGCACGCCAAUUAUCGGUGUACCAGCCUUUAGUUAGACACGAUGACAAGCUCAGACAGUUGAUUCUUGGAGCUAUCAAUACACAAGCUUACUACGUCAACAACUCCCCAUAUUGCAACGCGUUCCACCCGCCACCGACUUCAAAAGUCAAGCCUGGCAAUACGGCAUUUGACAACGUGUACCCUAGACCUGAUUGGAGACAAGUAUUCGAAUGCAAGUAUGAAAUUGACUCGCUAGCUUCAUUUUUGACAUUGACUAAUGAAUAUUACCAGAACUCCGGCGGUGACACCUCGUUCCUCAAUGAUUAUUGGUUCAUGGCAUAUGAAAAGCUCUUGAUUGUAUUGAGAAGAGAGAGCGAACCUUCGUUUGAUGAAGCCUCAGGACAGGCAUUGCCAUUCUACUACUCUUUCCAAAGAGAUACCAACAUAGGAUCAGAGACUUUACCAUUGGGAGGCGUGGGGAACCCCGUCAAUUUCGGUACGGGGUUGAUAAGAAGCGCGUUUAGACCUAGCGAUGAUGCUACAAUUUUGCAAUUUUUCAUUCCUGGUAAUAUACACAUGUUGACUGAAUUGAUUAAUCUUCGGAAAAAUUUCCUUAAUGAGGAAGUUUUGUCUAAUCGAAUGAAUGCCGAAAUCGAGGUGUUUAUCAAAAAGACUGAUUAUUUCAUCAAGGGUUUGACUUCAGGAAUCGAAAAGUUUGGUAUUGUAAACCAUCCCAUCUAUGGUAAAGUGUAUGCUUAUGAAGUUGACGGAUAUGGUAGUGCUACAUUCAUGGAUGAUGCAAACAUCCCAUCCCUUUUAUCCAUUCCCGAUUUAGGAUACACCGACAAGACCGACCAAGUGUAUCAAAACACGAGAAAAAUGAUCUUGACAAAGGAGGGCAAUCCUUACUACUUGAAGGGGUUCCAUUUCGAAGGUAUUGGUGGACCGCACAUUGGUAUCAAGAACGCUUGGCCGAUGUCAUUGUUGAUGAGAAUGAGAACUACUGACGACGAUGAGGAAAUUAUCAAUAGUCUACACUUGAUCAUGAACAAUACUGCCGGAUCCGGUCUCAUGCACGAAAGUGUCAAUGUAAAUUCAAAACAUGGUGCUUCAUACACCAGAUCUUGGUUUGCGUGGUGUAAUUCCGAAUUUGGAAAGACCAUUUUACACUUGGCGGAAAAGAAACCACAUUUGAUAUUCAAAGAAGAAUGGAAAGCACAACCAUUCAAAGUAGACGAUGUGUUUAGAGGUGUGUAA